AUGCUCGCCCUCUCCGCCGCCGCCCCGGCCCUGCCUGCGACGACGGCCGCGGGCCGCGGCGUGCUUAGCCCUGCUCAGCCGACGCCGUCCGAGUGGCACCGAGCGCGGCGACGAGCCAUACUCGAGGCGCACCCAUCCAUCGUGCGGUCGCUGGUCGGCAAGGAAACGACGACCGUGCCGCUCCUUGCCGCGGCGAAUCUGGCGCAGGUAGGAGCGUGCAUCGCAGGGUCGCACCUUCCGGGGUACGAGCUGGCGCCCGCAGCGGUGCUGGUCGGCGGCACCCUCUCGCUCUGGCAAUUUGCGCUGCUGCAUGACGUCAAGCACGGCACCGCGGAGCUGCCGAGGGGCGUGCGGAUCAACGACGUCGUCUUCUGGGGCAGCCUGCCCUCGCUCUUCGGCUACUACCUGUACCUGCGCUGGGGCCACCUCAGCCACCACGCCAACUUCGGAGAGAGGCGCAUCGCCGAGCUGUUCGACUCGGAGCAGGACAAGUUCGAGGACGGCGACGUCAUGUUCGUUGCGCAUCGGCAGCUGCUCCUCGGCGACGAGCGGAGCGAGCGGCCGGGCUUCUUCGGCGGCGAGCAGGUCGGCGGGCUCGGCCUCUCCAUCUCGCGCACUAUCUACGCGUGGCUCUGGUCUGGCCGCGAGGGGUGGGCGUGGUACAAUGCGAUGGUGUACGCCGUCGGGAUGGCCUACGAGCGAGCGGCGCUCGUCGUGGGUGGAGGGUGGGUUCCUGCGCUCGCCGGGCGCAACUUCUUCUUCCCCAACAAGCCGCAGGCCUUCCACUCGGACUGCGCCGCCUACGCGCGCGCCUCCGCCGCGCUGCAGCUGCUGCUGGUCGGCCUAGCCGGCCCCGGCGCGUUGUGGUGGCUCUUCUGGGCCGAGGUGGGCUGGCAGCUGCCCAUCCACCCGGCGAGCGCGAUGUUCGUCUCCAACCACCCGUCGCUCGACGCGCCGCGCGGCGAGGGCGUGGGCGGCUGCCAGCCGACGGCCUCCAUCUACCUCGAGGGCGCGGCCGGCGAAGCCUUCGACUGGCUCUGCUGCUUCUCCAACUACCACACCGAGCACCACGACUUCCCCGACGUGCCCGCCUUCCGGCUGAAGCAGCUGCGCGACGCCGCGCCCGAGUUCUACGCCGACGCGGCGCUCGCCGGCGCGCGCGACGGCUGGCGCGAGACGAUGCGCCGCACUUUCGAGGGCAGAGGGUUCUACGCGUGCACCGGCGCACUCGAAACGGUCGACGAGGCAGUAGAGCAGUGGCAUUUCUCCUCCCUGCUGCUCGCCGACUCCUCCCCCCCCCGCAUGACCGACGACUACCCGACCUUCGGCGACUCCUCCCUCUUCGGCGCCAACGUCUACUACCGGGGGACCGUCGCCCUCGGGCUUACUGGAAUGAUCCCAGCGGCACACGUCUACGAGGGGGGGCUCCGAAAGGUCGGCAUGCCUGGCAUGUCGGCUUACUAG